CACCACCAAGAAAAUACCUUUUUAUAUAGAAUAAACUGUUACUUUUGAUACCCGUUUUAGCAGCUAUUUCUUUGUAGACAGCUCACUCCUAGAAUUCCCCUCGGUUCUAAUAGCAUCACCCAAUAUCAGUGGGCGGGGUUCGCGCAAAUAGUGGCGCUAAUUUCAGCUCGAUCUUGAUAGUCAAAUCGGCAAUUAAACCCAGCAACCUAGCUCUAGGGUACAUUUGAUAGUAUGAGCGGACUGCACAGAUCAUUUGCCAAAUCACGAUUAGCGAGACUUCCCCCUGAUGUUCCGAUGUUCGACGAGAGACAGGAGCAUGAGCACCGAGGUGCUGGACAUGGUGAAUUUGAGGAUGAUUCGUCCUCAGCGUCAUCUGCCUCGUCUACGGGCACUGUGAGGCCAUCUCCUAGUCAAAAUUUGUUUGCCAGGAAUAGUGGGGCGCAAGCAGGAAGAGGAGACAUAUCUUCGCUUCCAUGGAUGGGUUUCUUCGAGAGAGAACUAUUUCUCGAGGAAGAUAUUGCCGAUUUGCGCAUUAUUCAUCACGCCUAUAUUAUCUCGCCAACGGAUUCUGGUCCUCUGUUCGUUAUGCAUCACGGAGCAGGGUCAUCGGGGCUGUCAUUCGCGGCCUGUGCCCAAGAACUUAGAAAAAUUCUUCCAAAAGCAGGAAUUUUAUCUUUAGACGCACGCGAUCAUGGACUCACUACUUCCACGCGUGGGACCCAGGACGAUACUGGGAAUGCGGGAAGCCAUGCGGAGCUGGACCUGCGCUUGGAAACACUGAGUCGCGACCUGGUGUUUGUCAUCAAUCAAGCAAAAGUGAAGAUGAAGUGGGAGUCUAUGCCACCGUUAGUCUUAGUUGGACACAGCCUUGGCGGCGCCGUAGUGACGGAUGUUGCUAAGAAUGGUGAAUUGGGUUCGGAGCUCCUUGCUUAUGCGGUGCUGGACGUCGUGGAAGGCUCCGCCAUGGAUGCCCUUCAGAGCAUGGAAACAUAUCUUUCAACUCGUCCGUCAAGUUUCCCAUCCUUAUCGACUGGUAUUACUUGGCACCUCCGCUCACGAACAAUCCGAAAUACAACAUCAGCACGUGUUUCAGUUCCAGGCUUGCUCCACGAAGACUCGUCAGAUGCUUCCCGCCCGUGGAAAUGGAGAACUAAUCUAGCAUACACAAAACCUUUUUGGGAAAACUGGUUUAUUGGUCUAAGUAAAAAGUUUCUCGAAGCUCGAGGAGGAAAAUUGCUCCUUCUCGCAGGCACGGACAGGUUAGAUAAAGAGUUGAUCAUCGGCCAGAUGCAAGGAAAAUACCAAUUACAAGUUUUCCCGGAAGCAGGUCACUUUAUUCACGAAGAUCAACCUGCCAAAACGGCCCAAAUUCUAGUUGAUUUCUACAAGCGAAAUGAUAGAAGUGCCUUGGUUUUACCCCCAAAAGUUGGGGACAUGAUGGCUUCAAAGGCAAUGGCCAAGGGACUUGGGCUACCCUGACUUUAGAAGUUUUAUUUAACAUGGCUAGUACUCUCCUCCGGCUGUACUAAGUAAAAAUAUGUAUGUCUCCACAUCAUACUUAUUAAAUGAGAGAAAAUUGGUCCCUGUGUUUUAGAUAAUAUCAAGGUAAUGGCAUUUAGAAAUGCUAAU